ACGGUAAAGGGGGCAGGAUCAAGCUCACAUGUGCUGUGGGACAUAAUUGACAUGGCCGCGGAAUCUCCCCCUGACUGAACGCUGGUGGAGCAGACUGGAGCAAGGAUUGCCAAAGUUGUGUCUGGGGUGAAAGUGGAGCUCUGGAGUUUCUUUCAAGAUCAUUUUAUUGCAGCGAGAAAGGCAGUCCAGGAAAGUUCUCCAUGAAUGUACGUCACAAUGAUGAUGACAGACCAGAUUCCGCUGGACCUGCCGCCACCACUAUUGAACGGGGAGGUGGCCAUGAUGCCGCACAUGAUUAAUGUUAAUGGGGAUGGAUCGCAACAGGAAGUAGGUGCCCAGAUCUCCAGGGCUAGAGCAAGGAGAUGGGAGGUCCGCCUGACACUCGACCAUCAGGGCUGUGAGGAAACCCGGGGCUCGUGCGACAUGGCGGGCCAACUUUUUCACAUCUACAGGCACGUUUGCACUCUCAACAACCUGUGCGCUGACAACAUGAUGGUGAUCCUUGUGCAAGUCAACCCUGGAGAGACCUUCACCAUCAGAGCAGAGGAUGGAUCCCUGCAAUGCAUUCAAGGGCCUGCAGAGGUUCCGAUGAUGUCACCCAAUGGAUCCAUCCCACCCAUCCAUGUGCCUCCUGGUUACAUCUCCCAGGUGCUGGAGGACAACACAGGUGUUCGGAGGGUGGUGGUUACCCCUCAGUCUCCAGAAUGCUAUCCUCCCAGUUAUUCUCCAGCCAUCUCUCCAACUCAUCACUUACCUCCAUACAUGGCCCCACCACCCUUUAUUCCUAACUCACACACGGCCUUCUACCCACCCGUCAGCCCUGGGGACAUUCCCCCCCACCAGUACUAUCAUCAUCAUAUCCCGCCUAUGUACAAUGAAGAGAUAAUUCCUGUGUACGGUAUGAACUACCUUGGGCGGGAUGAGCCAUACAAACCACCACCAAAAAAGAUGAAGGACAGAUUGGAGCGUCAGAAUCGUCUAAACAGCCCUCCUUCCAUCUAUAAGAGCAAUGUGGGCUGCAACAACAUGUACAAUGGCUACGGCAAGGUCCAUGGAAAUCUUGGGGGUGGUGGAGGUGGUGGAAGCAGUCCUGGAUCUAAAAAAACAACCCGUGGAGCUCGGAGUAGCCCCAGAUCCAGCGAUCCAGACUUACAAGAUCAUGAUUCAGAAGCAAAGAGAGUUCAGGAUGUUCUCUCGGGAAUGGAAAAACCACAGGCUAUUAAUAUCCAGGCCCGGACAGCUCGACUAACUUGGGCUCCACCAGCAGGCCUCCAGAACAGAGACAGGCACAGUAACGGACACCCCUUUACCUGCAGCUACGAGGUCACUCUCUCAGACAAGGGUCGUAAUGGCCAGUACCGUGUCAUCUAUAGUGGAGAGGAGUUGGAAUGCAAUUUAAAAGAUCUCAGACCAGCAACAGACUACCACGUAAGAGUGAAUGCUGUGUGCAAUUCUGUGAAGGGUUCGUGCUCUGAGGUGGGGGCCUUCACCACCCACAGCAGUACCCCAGACUGCCCACUGCCCCCUAAACUAUCCCACCGCACAAAGAGCACGCUUACCCUGCAGUGGAAGGCACCAGUUGAUAAUGGAUCGAAAAUCACCAGUUACCUUUUAGAGUGGGAUGAGGGCAAAAAGAACAACAUUUUCAGAGAAUGUUACUUCGGAAGCCAAAGGCACUACAAACUCACACAUCUGUGUCCAGCCAUGGCCUACACGUUUCGGGUGGCGGCACGCAACGACAUAGGAAUGAGUGGCUUUAGUCCUGAGGUGAUCUUCUACACGACUGGAAGUCUGCCCCACUUGCCCCACGCUCCUCGGCUGGUGCGUGCCGGCAUCACAUGGAUCACGCUGGAGUGGAGCCGGCCAGAUGGCUGUACCGCAGAGGAACCUGUUACAUACACGCUGGAGAUCCAGGAAGAGAACAUUGGAACAGAGUUUCACCCAAAGUACACUGGAGAAAACUUGACAUGUACUGUAGAGGGUCUGAAGAGAAGCACACAGUAUAAAUUCAGGCUCAUAGCCUCUAAUUUGGAGGGCAGAAGCAGUCCCAGUGAGGUGCUGGUGUGUAACACCAGUCCAGACAAACCUGGACCCCCCUCCAGACCCUGCAUCAAGGGCUCUAUCAGACCCUACAGCUUCAGUGUCAAAUGGGAUCCUCCACAAGACAAUGGAGGUUCAGAAAUCUUGAAAUACCUCUUAGAGAUUUCAGAAGGAAAUUCUGAUGCCAAUCAGUGGGACAUUGCAUACAGCGGGCCUGCCACAGAGUGUGAGUGUGAGGACUUGAAACCCGGCACAAUGUACAGACUGCGCACCUGCAGCAUCAGCACAGGUGGCCACAGCCAGUGCUCUGAGUGUCUGCCUGUGCGUACACUAUCUGUAGCUCCAGGACGUUGCCAACCUCCCAGAAUUGUGGGUAAAGCCAAGCACAAAGAAGUACACUUACAGUGGGAUUGUCCCUCCUCUGAGGGGGCAUGUGAGGUGAGUGAGUACAGUUUGGAAAUGAGGGAGGGAGAGUCAGAGCCCACUGAGGUCUAUCACGGCUCUGAUCUGGAGUGCACCGUGGGCAGUCUGCUCCCCGGCGCCACCUACAGCUUUCGCCUGCGUGCCGCCAACGAGGCAGGGUAUGGGCAGUUCUCUGAACCAACAGAAAUAACAACCGCAGCUGGUCCUCCCAGCCAAUGUGCGGCGCCAUCCCUCACCUUAAUGUCCAAUACCUGUGUGCUGGUCAGCUGGGAGAGUCCAGAGAGCUCAGGGGCCGACAUCUCUGAGUACCGUCUGGAGUGGGGCCGAGAGGAGGAGCCCAUGGAGCUGAUCUACUGUGGCCCUGACACGCAGUGUGAGAUCUCAGACCUGACACCUGCUACUCAUUACUACUGCAGACUACAGGCGGCGAAUCAAGCAGGUGCAGGACCGUACAGCGAGCACAUGAGCUGUCAGACCCCCGCCACCGUUCCCGACCCAGUCUCAGUGUUGUGUGUACUUGAGCACGACCCCACAGACAGCGGCGUCUACUCACCUUCCACAUGCCUGGCUUUGAAAUGGGACGAGCCCUGCAACAAUGGACUGGAGAUCAUGUCCUACACUCUUAAACUGGGAGAGCAGCUCAUCAGCCUGGACUCCAGCACCUGCCAUGUGCUGCAGAACCUACAGCCUGACAAUGAAUACAGUCUGCAGAUUCAGGCAGUGAAUGAGAUUGGUGCCGGUCCCUUCUGCCCUCCCCUGCUGGCCCGCACCAGGCCACUGCCACCUGUCCCUCCCCGACUGGAGUGCACUGCCGCGGGACCCCAGAGCCUCAAACUCAAGUGGGGAGACAGCAGCAAUGCCAAGAGUCUGCUUGGAGAAGAGAUGGUCUACAACUUGCAGAUGGAGGACAAGAACAGAAGGUUUGUCACUAUUUACAGAGGCCCAAGCCACACAUAUAAGGUACAGAGACUAAAUGAGUCGAGCAGCUACUGUCUCAGGAUUCAAGCUGUGAGUGAGGCAGGAGAGGGACUUUUCUCUGAAAUACACACCUUCCAUACCACCAAAUCUGUUCCUCCAGCUCUCAAGGCUCCCAAAGUGGUACAGAUGGAAGGGAAUGUGUGUGAGGUCAGCUGGGAGAGCAUUCCACCAAUGAGAGGAGACCCCAUCAUCUACAUCCUACAGGUGCUGGUGGGCCGAGAAUCUGACUACAAACAGUUAUAUAAGGGAGAGGACACAACCUUCCAGAUCUCGGGCCUGCACAACAAUACAGACUAUCGCUUCCGCGUGUACGUGUGUCGCCGGUGUCAGGACAGCACGCAGGAGCUGUGCGGACCCCUCAGCCCAUCCUCACUCUUCACACUGCGGCGUACAGAGCCCGCCCUACCUGGAGAGCUCAGCUCCGCCGAGACCCUGAAGCCCAGAGGCAUGUUCGCCACGGACGAACGCUUCGCGGCGGUCUUAGUCGGGGCUUUCGCGGCCCUGUCUUUCCUCAUCGCUUUUGUGGUGGAAUACUUCUUCAUGAAGUGAAGAUAAUAAAAGCAACGCAGAACCAGCAGCCAGCCAUUUACGUUUCGAGUAACACACGAACACUUAAAGUAUACAUCCGACGCGACGUACUGUAGGCUGAGUAUGUUAUACAGGCUCUCUUCUUGUCUUUCAUCCUCUCUUUCUCUCUCUCUCUGAUGCCUUCCAGCCUGCCUGUGCAUCACUGUGCCACUCUUUUACAGCGAGUGGAUUUUGCUCUGAACUCUUAGGGAAGCAAAACCACAUCAUCAAGCCUUACAAAGAGUUGCGCGACGGCCUGUUUUUGCAUGCUUCGUUUUUUGUAUCCCUUUAAGUGUACGUAUAUGUUGGGAGGAAAAUGUAUUGGUAUUUUCUCCACGUUCAUGGCCUUACUUUGUGUGCUUCACAGCAUUUGUUUCACAGCCAUAUACGAGUUGUCGGAAUCAUAGCUUUAUCAUAGUGUAAUACCCACGAUCACAGUCCACCCAAUGCCGUUUUAAUAUACAUAAUCACGUGAUGUUCACAUUUUGUUUGUACUACGUCACAGUACACAUGACCACGAUCCUUCUCAGAAACACGAAAUACUGUUACCGUAGUAAGACUGUUGUAAAGCCCCCUGCAUUAAGCUGCCAAAGCAAGUUGCAAUCCAAGUGUGGUUUAAGUGAUGCUGCUAUUGUGUGUUUAUUUUUCCUACAAACGGAAUCAGUUAUCUAAUAUAUAUAUAUAUAUAUAUAUAUAUAUAUAUAGAUAAAAAUAUAAAUCUAUAAGAUUCUAUAGAGCUAUUGUAAUAUAAGUAACGAUGAGUUUGAAGUAGAUCUCUCUUUUGGAGCGUGUCAAUUCACAAUCUAUGGUGCUUUAUCUGUGGUCAGUAGUGGUGGCGGAUGAGGGUAAGGGAAGUUUGACGUGCCACUCGUUCGGUAACAACGCCCUCCGCCGAAGAAAACUGGCCAUCUAGUCCUAAGGUGCAGCGACACAGGGCUACUUCUCGCCUUCCGGCCCCCCCAAAUGACUUGGCUAGGCUAGGCUAACGUCGCCCUCUCAGACUGAUUUUGGGCUAUGUGUGGUGUCUGUAGAUCCAGGGACCAGCUGAAGGCUGGAGUCACAAUAGCCAGUCCGUAGCUGUGAAACCGAAAUAGCCUGUUUCCUCACUCUGUGAAUGGCGUCCGUCGCCCGUUGUGUUUUCUCUGCAGCCUGUGUCAACGCAUUGAAUGUUUCAUCAUUUUUGAAUCCAUAAAAGCCAGUUGGACAUUUCUAAGGUGCUUUACCAAGGUUAUUGUCAAAAGCAGCAGUGAAUUCCUCCACCCGCUGCAGCUGAUGUUCAUGCCAAAACAGCCUGAUGUGCUUGCAGUGCAUCUUUAGCCAAGUAAAAGGUACAAACCAGCAGUUCCCAUCGAUCCAAAGAGUUUCUCCCACAUUACUCUUGCAGAACCGAUUAGGAGGUUUCUAAAAAGGAGAAAUAAACUGACAGCCUGUAUUGUACCUCAGGGACAUGGACUUUUCAGAGGUGAAGAAGUAAAUACUAUGUUUCUGAGAGGGUGCUGCGAAACACUAAACGUUGCCGAGUAAUUCUGAUAUUGCUGUCAUUAGUAGCUUCAUUCCGUUGUAUCUGCCUCUGCGGUUUUAAAUGCAUUUAUUUGAUCUGUUUUCUCACCUAAGCUGUGCCUUGCUCCAGUUGUUCGUAAGCAAAUCGUUUACUAGCUCAGAAUACCUUUGCCAAAGUUAAUGGGAAAGUAAGGUAUCAUUCUUUAGGGUUAUUUAUACUAUCUAUUGCAUACAGUACUUUAAAUGGCAAUUAAAGUGCAAUCUUCAUUUAUUUAUUUUUCAAGAAAUUAAGAGAUGUAGUUAUGUACUAUUUUUUUUUUUUUUUUUUUUUCUUCUCUUGUAGCAUGUUUUUUUUUUUUUUCCAGUUAUUUUUCUAUGUAUUGUAGAUUAACGAUAAAGGCCAGCAUUCCUUUCAUAAUUCUGGUAAUGUUUAUGUCUUUCAUUAAUUGGGAACAUAUAGCAUGUACCAUGCUGAAACAUUUAUAUAUAACCAAAUGUCUGUUCAUCUCCUAUUACAAAGUGCCGAACUCCAGUUAGUUGUCUUUUCAUAGAGAACCGUAGCAAAUGUUUAACCAUUUUUUUUAUUUUUUUUUAUUUGUGAGUGUGUAAUGGGACAUACAGUACAUAGCUACAUUUGGCAUUGCUAAAGAGUGUUAUACGCUUAUGUUAUCUUACUGUUUGCCAAAGCGGAAGCUUGUCCACUUUUAUGUUGCUUUUUAUUGUUAUUUAAAGGGUUACUUGAGAAAUCCUUUGUGACAUUAGAACAUAAUUUCUUGAAAAGGAAAAACAUAAGUUUAAGUUAAACUUCAUCUGUGACUACACUUUUUUAGUAGUGAAAAUUGUGCCAUUUAUUUUAAUAAUCCUUCUGAGGUGAAAUCUUACAUGCCGCUUCACACCGAAAGGAAAGAAAAACAAUCAAACUGUUUUCAGGCAAGUGACAUUUUCUCAUUUCCUUUUAUUUUCCGGACAUGUCAUAGCGCAAUAGUGAAUUUAUUCCAGUAUUUUUGCUAAGGAAUUAUAUAUAGAGAUAUAUAGAUAUAUAGUAUGACAACUAACAGAAAUGAAGCACUUUUUAAAGUGAAACAUUAAUCUUUAUUAAAUUUAUCUUGAUAAAACUGUAUUUCCUAGUCAAUGUUGCUAUUGCUUUCAAAUCGAGAGUAUCAUGCAGUAAGAAAUAUCUGUAAAACUGGUCCACACAGGCUUCAACACAUUUAGUGGAAAGUCUGAAAAUACAUUGGGGUCCUUUUAUUGUUAGUAUUCCCCCCAAAAUUAUGUAAGUAGUAUUUGGUCCUAACCGAUGAUCUCAAUUUUUUUUUUUUAUUAUUGGUCCUUGUAAAAUUUAAAAAGAACACAAAACAGUUUUGUGGCCCAAGUAUAGUUUUGUAUUUUUAUAUUGUAUUUUAUUCCGUUUUAUCUCUGUUUUAUUUGUGCUCUGUUUUAAAUAUGAAAAUGAAUUUGAAAAUUAUGGUUUGGAGAUCGAUCAGCUCAGUCAUCCCAGAGAAAUGUAUAGAACCGUAAGUGUAUUCAACUAUUUUCCAAAAAAAAGUGUAUUUUUACCUCAGAGUUUAAAAAAAAAAAAAGACAGAAAAAGGACAAAUAUACAAAACAUUCCAGGCUUGUCAUGAUCUACAAUUUUUAAAAGUCAUAAAUUUUUCUCGUAUUGUAAAUGUUAGACAAUUUCAUAUGCAUAUAUAUAAAAGAAACUGCCAUAUCAAUGUUAAUGUAUAGAUUUUUGCAAAUACUACCCUAUGUAUGUAAGACUUAUCUGUAUCUGUAGCGUGUAUGUAAUAUAUUUAUACCCAAUAAAUGUUUUAAUUUUUUCUGACA